UUUCCAAACAACUUGCAAGGGAUCGUAUCCCUGGCACAAUACUUUGUCAUGAGCCAGCCCUCGAUUUCGACAUGAUCUGUCUUGUGUAAUGGCUUCUGGAGUGAUGUGCUCAGGCUCACGCCAAGGUUUCUCAUGCUGGCAAUGCGCCUGGUCCUGCCCACACUACUGAGGAGGACAUGUGUUCGGAGCUUGACCUGGGAUAUUUCUCCAUGGCAAUGUGGACCAUUGGCCUCGGAGCCAUUGGGGCUGCUGUGACAGGGAUAAUCCUUGCCAAUACAGAUUUGUUUCUGACUAAAGCAGAAAAGGCCUCCUUGGAUUUUCUCGGUUCGGCAGAUCUGAAGACUCUGGGAGGAGCAGAGCUAAGAGCAUUCAAAGCAGAGGAACUGUGGAGGAAGCAUGGUGCUGUCAUCAUGGCAGUGCGGCGGCCUGGAUGAUUUUUGUGCAGAGAGGAAGCUGCUCAGCUGUCCUCUCUGAAGCCCCAGCUUGACCAGCUGGGCAUACCCCUGUAUGCUGUUGUGAAGGAGAACAUUGGGACCGAGGUGGAGCAAUUUCAGCCGUAUUUCAAGGGGGAAAUAUUUCUGGAUGCACAGAGACGUUUCUAUGGGCCUAAGAAAAGAAAGAUGACCUUUUUGGGCAUGUUUCGCUGCAGCGUCUGGAGGCAUUUCUUCAACGCUUGGAAGCAUGGUUAUACUGGAAACUUGGAAGGAGAAGGCUUUGUCCUGGGAGGAGUUUUUGUCAUUGGACCUGGGAAGCAGGGCAUUCUCCUGGAGCAUCGUGAGAAGGAAUUUGGAGACAAAGUGAGCCUUGAUGCUGUCCUUGAAGCUGUUGAGAAGAUCCAACCACAACCUUCAGAGCAUAAAUAGAGAUAUAGAUGGCCCUUUCUUACUUACAGAAAAGCUACAAAGUCUGGGGGCAAACUCUUAACAAUAUCUCUAACUUGUUCCUAGAGAGCAAAAACAAUGUUCAAUUAUAGUGGCUGUUUAGUACUGCCGUUGGCUCCAGAUAUUCAUUCUGUGUUUCUCUUACUGGAUUAAUGACGGGCUUGGUCUGAAACCCAAAGAUCUAGCCAAGACAGUUUCCAGUUAGAACAAAACAGCUAGGCAUAUCUGGAUAUCUGUAUGCAGGAUUGAUGAUGAAGAGCUAAUAAAAACUACAUUUGAAACCAUUA